AUGGAGCAGUAUCAAAUACUGAAGGAAAUUGGGAGUGGAUCAUAUGGGGUUGUCUGGGGAGCAUGGGAUGAACACAGUGAUGAAGUGUUUGCCAUCAAGAAACUGAAAAAGAGGUGCAACUCGGUCAAAGAAUACAUCAACUUGACAGAAGUCAAGGCACUGCGCAAGAUGAAUCACCCAAACAUCAUAAAGCUCAAGGAAAUCAUCAAAGAAGACGACAGUUUGUACUUGGUGUUUGAAUACAUGGAAUGCAGUCUAUGCGAGCGUAUGACAUGCAGGAAGAAGCCUUUUUCAGAGGACGAGAUUAGAGACUUGUGCUUCCAAAUCUUUCAAGGUCUGGCAUACAUGCACGACAACGGCUACUUUCAUCGUGACCUCAAACCGGAGAACCUUCUUGUUUCCAAGGAUGUAUUAAAGAUUGUUGAUCUUGGUCUAGCUCGUGAGAUAAAUGGCAAACCGGCCACUGAUAAUAUUGGGUCCCGCUGGUAUAGUGCCCCUGAAGUUCUUCUUGGGCAAGAAUAUGAUUCUUCAGUUGAUAUGUGGGCAAUAGGUGCAAUCAUGGCAAAACUAUUUACACGCCACCCACUCUUUCCUGGUAAACAUGACGGAGAUCAAAUGUAUAAAAUAUGCAGUGUGAUCGGCAGUCCAACAGAAACCACAUUGAGCAUGGUAAAUAGUAACUAUCAGUUCCCACAACAUCCUGGUGUCCAACUUUCUUCGCUGUUACCAUCAGCAAGCCUGGAAGCACUUGAUCUGAUUGCCACGCUUCUUUCAUGGAAUCCAUCCGUGAGGCCGACAACUAUGGAGGCACUUGAGCAUCCUUUCUUCUAUCCUUGUUACUGUUAG